CCCUGAACCCUGACAAUGGGAAGGUGUGCGUUAGCCUCCUGGGUACCUGGAUUGGAAAGGGGACCAGAGGUGGACGAGCAAAUCCAGCCUUCUCCAGGUGCUCAUCUCCAUCCAAGGAUGACCCUUGGGGAGGCCUCCCAAGGCUCAGACUCAGAGGGUGGUGCCCAAGGCCCAGCCUCAACCAGCAGGGACCACACGGAGCAGACUUCUGAGACAGCUCCCGAUGCAUCCGUGCCACCCAGUGUGAAACCAAAGAAACGGAGAAAGAGCUACCGAAGCUUCCUGCCCGAGAAGAGUGGCUACCCCGACAUCGGCUUCCCCCUCUUCCCCCUCUCCAAGGGCUUCAUCAAGAGCAUCCGGGGCGUCCUGACACAGUUCCGUGCUGCCCUGCUAGAGGCAGGUAUGCCUGAGAGCACAGAGGACAAGUAGCCACCAGCCCUAGAGGAGGAGCCUCACGGUGGGAGAGGCCAGCCGCUGCCUGCCCCCUCCCUCCCUGGAAUAGCCCCUCUUCCUGCCCCCCACCCUUGUCCCCAGUGCGAGCCCUCCACCGCCCUCUCUUCUCCGUGGCAAGUUUGAUGCUGAAGCGCAAGAAGUGUCCCGAGAUGCUGCGUUCUAUCCCGAAGCGAUGUUUCAAAAGGCAGGUCCCCUGAGGCAC